UUUGUGUUAUGAUAUGUGCAAUAAACCUGAGAGCCAACUCCAACAAAAAUGGAGUUUAAACAAAUUUUGCGUUCAUAUAAAUUUAGCCAGCAUAGCCGAGUUCAUCAUCAUUUCUUGAGUUGGUUUCGGUGUAUCAAAUACUAACGCUAGGACAAGAUGAAAUUUCUCGUAAUUUUGGGAUUACUAGCCGUCGCAUCAGCCGAUGUUUCACACCUAUUAGCUUCCAAUGGUUACCUGCCACCAAGAAAUCAAUACUUGCCACCUUCAUUGCCAGAUCAAGGAACAUACAGUAUUCCACCGCCUUCAUACCAGCCCCCAACAAAAGUAAUAACUCCAGAACCAGCUCCUGUGCCAACCUAUGGAGUUCCCGCUCAAACUUCAGGCCCUGCCAUUGGAAUAACAGACGCAGGAGCCCAAUUUACAGGGCAGUUUUCCUCUACAGGAUUUGCGACCGGUUCCUCGUCACAAUACUUGGCACCAGCUCCAACACCAACCAUUUCAAGCGUGAGCCAACAAAUCUUCACCCCUGCCGUCCAGCCAACAUAUAUACCACCAGUUCAGCAGACUUACCGACAACCGUACUCAUAUUCGCAACCAAUUCGUCCACAACCGUUUGUACCCGCUGUUCAGCCAACAUAUUUCCCGCCUGCUCCCCAAACACCAACUAUUAGCAUCGAUGUUCAACCAACUUACACUGGUCCCAUCACUUCGCAGGGAUCUUACUCAUCGCCCGCACCGGCUCCUGUGACCACUCCUUUCGCAACUUUUUCGGGUCCCCAGACCGUCAAUCUAAUUCCGGAACCCGCUCCAGCACACUCCUUUGGGGCUGACGGGUAUCAUUACCGGAAUCCAAACCAACUUUAGGAAUGUAUAGUUAGUGUGUGAUUUGUUAAGAACUUUAACGUUUUCCAUUUGUAAUAAAACGAAAAUUUUGUAAUAUAUAUAUAUAUAAACGGA